UUUGAGUGGAAAGGGACUACGUUUUGGAGGGGACCGCGACCAUUUCCCAUCAACAGGUCAUGAGCCCAAAGUUGGUUUCCACUACAUUUGACAACCCUGCCUCUCAGCACAUGCUUCGCCGCCGUCGAACGAUGGAGCAUGGAGAUCCAUCGCAACUGGCUCUUCCUGAUGUGGCCAAUCAGGGAGCUGAGGAAAAGGAAGAAAGGUUGAAAGAAGAAAAAAAGGAAGAGAUAAAGGAAGAAAUGAAGAAGGGCUUGACAACGCCCCCAAGGUCAACUACAGGACCACCAGAGUCUGCCACGGGUCCCACCACGGAGUUGGAGGUCUUCCGCAGUGGUGGGUCAAAAGAAAGCAUGAAGGAAUCGGCCGAACCACCAAAUAAGGGCCGACCAGUGACGCUUGCACCGCUUGCACCUCCACAGCUGGAGAUGAUGCAGCCUCUGUUCACGAAAGAGCAAAUGAAGGAAGCCAGGGCCGCAGCUCGGCAAGCUCCUCAGGUGUUCGGAAAAGCACCCCCUCCGUCUUCCUCGGAAGAGCAGUUGGAGCUUCUUCAACGACCAGCUUUCCUUCGAGAAGAAGAAGAAGAAGAAAGGCUUGAAGGAAGAAAAGGAAGAAGAAAGGAAGCACCAGGAAGCUACGAGGAGGAGGAAGGUGAGGAGCUUAGGCGGUGCGAUGAAGAAGCUUCCGAAGAUCCUCGAUGUCGCCAUCGAAGUCGCCUUCAAGAGGAAAAGGAAGAAGAAAUCAUGUGGCGUUGGCAAAUGUCACAAGAUAUGAAGAAGUUGACCAGCCUGUACCAGGAGCAACAACGUGAAAAUGAUCGCCUUCAACAGGAGCUUUAUGAAUGGAGGUUGGAGAAUGCCGAAGAAGAAGGCAAGAAGAUGAAAAGAAGCCGAAGAAAGAGAAAGAGGAAUGUUAUGUCCUUCGAAGUUCAUCGACGUUUAACACCCCUGAAGAAGCGAAGCCUGAAGCACUAACUGUCCUGGACCUGUUGUGAAACAGAGGGCGAACUCCACGGUCUACCAAGCCGGCAAGGUACGGAAAGGGGUCUAGAUCUCAGUCUAAGGACUCGUUUCGAAAAGGGAGAAGUCCUUCUUAUGGAAAGAGGUUC